AUGAAUAAUUCGGUGCACUAUAACACCAACCAGGGUGUACAAAUUGGAUCCGAAGAAUCGCCAGCAGCAACACCAACAACAUUCACAAAUGGCACGAUAAAAUGCACCCACGAUGGCGUUCUACUUCGAAAAGCCAGCGUGGAACAUAUAGCCGAUCUGAAUACAAGCGGUGCAUUAUCCAUAAUCGAUUAUGAAUCGCCGCAUCGUCUAUAUAUUGAAUGGCGUCCAAAUGACAACAUACUAGUUGCCGACGAUAGUCAGGAUUGGGCUGUGGUGGACACUAUACCACGACGUUCGCGCACAAUUUCAGAAUGUAAAGCAUUCAAUAUAAAGCCAUCCCCGGAAGCAAUAGCAGCUAAUAAGCCACGCAUUAUACGUACUCGACUCGAUGAUCUGAGUACUAUUAUAGUUACAGAACGGGGUCAAGUUAUUUGUUUUAUACAAAAAAGUGACAACUUUAAACAUAGUGAAUUCUUUUUCCAACAUGGCAACGCAGAGCAAUUCCUGAAAUCCAUGUGUGAACAACACAUGAUCGAACUCACAGGCAGCAGAUUAGAUGGAGUUGCCGAGUAUACCGUACUCAGUACAGAAACACAAAAGUUGAAACGCACAUUCGCCGAGCUAAACAUCGGAGAUAUGAAAAAUUCUGAAUCGAAAAAGGAAAAAGGUUGGAUGAGGAAUACGUGGUCUGGUCUGCUGAUUAACUUACCUGACAUAGCAUCAAGCGUUAAGAGCAGCACACCUAGAAAUUAUACUAGCCGAAAUGUUGGCGUACACAGCUGCAGUAGUAGUAGUGAGGAGCAUUCUCCGAUGGAUGGCGAAAUUGAAAAUUUAAAAGAGGAGGAUGAGAAGAUAGUGAAUACCCUGCCAGAACGACCUUUUGUUGAGAGAACCAAGCCGUUAAAUGAAGCUCAAUGGUUGGAGUUCCACACGGUAGACGGUCGCAUUUCUGACGUAGACCGUAUAAAGGAAAUUAUUUUCCAUGGUGGUAUACACUUUAAUUUACGCGCUGAUGUUUGGAAAUAUCUUCUGAACUAUUACCAAUGGAAUGAUACAGAGAUUGAACGCAUACAACGCCACAAAGAAAAAUAUAAGGAAUAUUAUAAAAUGAAAGCACAAUGGUUAUCGAUGACAACUACACAAGAGGAGAACUUUAGCGGUUUUCGUGAUCGGAAAUGCCAAAUCGAGAAGGAUGUUAAACGCACAGAUCGUUCACUCGAUUUUUUCGCUGGUGAAGAUAAUCCCAAUCUAAUGGUAUUGCAGGGCAUAUUAAUGACCUACGUAAUGUACAAUUUCGAUUUGGGUUAUGUGCAGGGCAUGUCCGAUCUACUAGCACCAUUACUCGCCAUACAGGGCAAUGAAGUAGAUGCCUUCUGGUGUUUUGUUGGCUUCAUGGAUAUGGUGUUUGCUAAUUUCGAUAUUGAUCAGGCUGGCAUGAAAGCGCAAUUCCGUCAAUUACGUGAUUUAGUAGAAUUCUCAAAUCCACGUCUAUUCAACUAUAUGGUCACACAUGAAUCUGAUAAUAUGUUUUUCUGUUUUCGUUGGUUACUUGUUUGGUAUAAACGUGAAUUCUCCAACGACGAUAUACUCAAGCUAUGGGAGUGCCUUUGGACGCGUUUGCCUUGUCCCAAUUUCCAUUUAUUCAUAUCAGUGUCCAUAUUGGAUCAACAAACAGAUGUUAUAAUUGAAAAUAAAUAUGAAUUCACAGAGAUUUUAAAGCACAUCAACGAACUGUCGGGCCACAUAAAUGUUAAGCGUACGUUAGAAAAUGCCGAGGCGAUUUAUUUGCAAAUCAAGGCAGCUGAUAACCUGCCCAACAAUAUUCGAUUGAUUAUCGGCGAACCAGUUAUAGAUAAUGGAAAUAGUGAGAAGGAGGAAGAACAGUCCGAAAACGGUACCGACACAGCUGACGACCUAUAUGAAGUGGUGAGAAAACCCGAAAAUGAUCGCCGACAAGAAGAGCAAUUUGAUGAGGCGUGCGAACGUUCCAUGUUUUUAAAUUACACAUAGAUAACAAUAUUGUAAAAUAAACAUCAACAUAUUAAUUUUCUUGAUUAGCUAUUACACAUACUAUACAUGCAUACAUAUUUACAACUAAGUGUUUUAUAAGGAAAGCAAACAGAAAACCCUAUAUGAUCAUACAUAAUGCGCUCUAUUUGAAAAUGUUUUUAUGAGUCAUUUUAAAAAGUUGUAAAGGCAUUCAAUAUGCCAAAGUUUAAUUCGUUUUAAGUUUCAUUUUUGUAAAAGAUGUUAUCAGCAAGUAAAUAGCAUGCACACAGUUAUAUACGCAAGCAUAUACGAAAUUUAAAGCUAAUUAUAGCAACGAGUAGCACUGACUCAUUCUGUAUUAAAAUUUUUAAUUACAUACAUACAUACAUACAUUCUUUAUAUGAAAUUUUUCUAUGUGAUUGGAGACCUGAAGUUGUAUUCACCAUAAAUUAUAUUUUAAUAAAAAAAACUUGUAUCGAAAUUUUCACCUUA